UGGGCCCAAUAGGCACCAUAAUACGCAGGUGGUUCACUAAUAAACAUAUGGUAUAUAAACAAUACUGUAUUAUCGCAUUCAAUUAUGGCGUUGUAUGGAAAUCAAGAUACUAGAAAAUAUUUUCAAGUUGUCUUAAAAGUGAUUUUGUGCUUUAUUGGGAUUAGGAUUGUAUCUUCAGAAAUUUUUGAAAGAGAAUUUGGGUGGUGUCAAACUGGAAUUGGAAAAAAUAAUUUUUAUGAUGGAUUUGUAAAAUAUAAUGUAAAGACGAUGUCAUGCGUGAAAUGCGGAGGAAAAUUUACUAUGGAAACAAGAGAAAAUAUGAAAACUUUAAAAUGUUGUUCUGAUGGUGUGAUGAAGGAAAAAUGUACAAAUGAGGAAUUACAGUGCAGUAAUGGUGGAUAUUUCAAAGAGAGUGAAAAAUGUGACGGAAUAAAGAAUUGUGUUGAUGGCACAGAUGAGGUUAACUGUACUGCUGAGUGUCAACAAUUUUCUUGCAGAAAUCCAUCCAAGAAUGGAAAACAGAAAGUGGAACAAUGUAUCAGCGUUAACAAAUUAUGUGACGGAAGGAAAGAUUGCAUCAGUGGAUUAGACGAAUCAAAUUGUGUAUAUUAUGAUGGAAAAUGUGACGGAUUUUUGUGCACUAGAGUGGAACAAUGCAUCAAUGUUACAGAAGUCUGUGAUGGGUCAAAGAAUUGUUUUGAUGGAAGUGAUGAAACUACUUGCGAAAAAUUCGUGAAAUCAGAAGCUUUUGAAUGUAACAGUAAAGAUGAAAAAGAAGGAUUUGCUUAUAGUGAUAUAUGUGAUGGAUAUAAGGAUUGCGCAAGAGGAGAAGAUGAAGACAAUUGUUUUAAGUGGGAAGAAUGGACGUCAUGGUCUAAUUGUCAAUGUCUAACAGCAUCAGAUGGAAUUGAGGUUGUGAAUAGAAAAAGAUCUUGCGCAACUCUUCACAUUCAUGUGAAAUCAGAAAACAAAUGUACAGGACCAAAUACAGAGAACCGAAACAUGACUUGCAACUGUGCACCCUCAACAACAGAAGUACCCGAAAGCGGGAAACUUAGCAUUACCGUGAUUCUAGUAAUUAUUCUUGCUUCAACACUAACAUUAGUUGGAGGUUUAUUAAUAAUGAACAUGGUGAUGCGUCAGAAACGAGCAUGGCAAUCGUACACACAAGCUGCUGUUACAUUUGCAAACCAUCCUACUGAUUCUCUACUUUCUCCGCUACCAAUGGAUGUGAAUAACGAGAAUCAUACCACACCACCUCAAUUACAGAGUAGAAGACUUCCAUCAACACCUGGUAUUACGAGCAACACAUCACAUACCUACUCAAGCGUUAGAUUUGGCAGCGAUUGGAGCGUUCGCAACAAUCAUAUGGAAAGUUACCAAGCAUCGAUACUUACUCCUUAUGACGACGACUCAUUAUACAGAAAAACAGUCGCAAACCCUCUAUAUCAUUCAUACAAUGGUAAACAUACUGAACAGCUCAGUCUUUCAGUGCCAAAUCUUACAGCAUCGUACGUGUCUUGCGAAAGUGUUGGAAUUGGAACUCCGUCAGGAGUAUCGGAUGUAGAAUAUACUGAAGUAUUUCAUGAAGUAGAUGAAGAAGAUUUGCCAUCAACAUUGAUGGAACAAAUUGAAAUAGCUCAAAUGGGAAACCUGAUUGAAGUAUCGGAUACAACCAUAGAAUAAAUAAUGAGCCAAUACCAACAUCAGUAUCAGAAAAUAUUUGUAUUAAUACUUUGGUAGAUGGAAGUAAACAGUUUUACUUUAGUUAUGUGGAAUUCACUACCUCAUAACUGUUUUCCAGACCGCAUCGUCAUGAAAUGCCUUCAAGUUCCGUGUUAAAGGGUAUUUACUAACAUACGGUUCUACACUAUAAUUCAUUAUAGCUCUUGGCACUUUGGUUGCACCUGUACCAACUUCGUUCAGACCUAAUCUUUUUUAUUUCUGAGUGAGUAUGUGCGACUUUGCUUUGAGCAUAUUUCCUUAUAAAAAACAUAAUGGACCUAUACAUUAUAGUUUUAAAGCGAGCUGCACGCCAUUUUCUCCCAAACGUAUAGAUAUCAUUUGUAUAGUAAACACAAAUGACCAGAAAUUCUAUGUUGUUGAUAAGUAGUACAGCAAUCAUUUCGUAUAUAUUUAUUCCUAACAGAAAUUAUGCCAGAUAAACUUUUAUUUCAAAAUUGCAGAAUUUUAAAGCACAAAUCAAAGGUGCAAAAUUCUGGCCAUUUAAUCACUUGAAUUGAAUAUUUCCUUGAUAUUUCAAUGCCCUUCAAGAUCUUUAGUUCAUGUACAAUACUGUACAUGUCAGUCUCUAGAAUGCACUUUUAUUAUUGUAUUCAAGAUUUGCUUGAACAGACAUAGAACAUGAUUAUCAUUCCUAUCAUCAUGAUAUUACCUUUUAUUGAAGAACAAUAAGACUACUUGUUUAAUCAAGUUUUUUUGAGAGAUAUUUUAGUCCCACAAAAUAUAUAUUUUUUGCUUUUUUUAUUUUACUAUUUCAAAUCUUAAAUUUAGUAGUUUUCA